CUUGGAGCCUCUGUUUUUCCUUCUCCAUCCACAUCUCCUCCCUCGGCUCCGCUGGGCUGGCUUCUUCUUCUUCUCCUCCGCCGCCGCUGGGCUGGUCUCCCCGCCGCCACCGCCCGGCCUCGAGCGUAGCAAGACGGCGAGGGCGAAGAGCGUGUGCCAGAGCCGCGGGGAAGGCGAGAGAGGAAGGCGCGCGCGGAGGGGGAAUGCAGCGACGGGAGGCGUGAGCCGCCGAGCAUGUUGAGCGGGGCUCCGCCGCUUCUUCUGGGUCCAUCUUCGCCAGCGGCGCUGCCAACCCUCCCUCGACCCCUUUGGCAGCCGGUACGCGCCCUCCUGAGGACGACGACGACGUCUAAGAUACCCUGAAAGGCGGGCGGGAGAAAGAGAGGUCCAGAUCCCCAGGGAAGCCGCCUCUCCUUUAACCCGCCUCCCCCCCUCCCCUCCCCUCCCCGCCACUUCGGCUUCAACAUGAAUCAGGCUGCUCCCUGCCGCCGAGGGGAAAUUUAAAAGCCGUAGGAAAGCGACCCACAGCAGAUCCUUGGUUGCCAAGCCUGGGUGAGAAGAAGGCAGUUCAUAAUGGCCCAAGGAUCCAGUGACAUGGAAACAGCUGAUCAAGAGGAGAGCUCUCCAAAUAUGAUUGUUUACAGAAAAAUUGAAGAUGUCAUUACAAGAAUGCAAGAUGACAAAACAGGUGGUGUGCCCAUCCGAACAGUCAAGAGCUUUCUGUCAAAAAUCCCCAGUGUUGUCACAGGGACUGACAUAGUGCAGUGGCUAAUGAAGAAUCUCGCCAUUGAAGACCCAGCUGAAGCAAUACAUAUGGGAAGUCUCAUUGCAGCACAGGGAUAUAUUUUCCCAAUCUCGGAUCAUGUACUUACUUUGAAGGAUGAUGGGACUUUCUAUCGCUUUCAGGCUCCAUAUUUUUGGCCUUCAAAUUGUUGGGAACCAGAAAACACAGACUAUGCCAUCUAUCUUUGCAAGAGGACCAUGCAGAACAAAGCGAGGCUGGAGCUGGCGGAUUAUGAAGCCGAGAACUUGGCAAGACUUCAGAGAGCUUUUGCAAGAAAGUGGGAAUUCAUCUUUAUGCAAGCCGAAGCUCAAGUGAAAAUUGACAGAAAAAAGGAUAAAACAGAAAGAAAAAUUUUGGAUAGUCAAGAAAGAGCCUUCUGGGAUGUCCAUAGGCCAGUGCCAGGCUGCGUGAACACAACGGAGAUGGACAUCAGAAAGUGUCGGCGUAUGAAAAAUCCACAGAGGGUCAAAAAGUCAGUAUAUGGAGUUACAGAAGACAGUCAGUCCCAAAGUCCUGUACAUAUGCCCUCCCAACCAGCUCGGAAAACAACAAAAGAUGAUGUCCGGAAGCAAAUAACAUUUCUGAACGUGCAGAUAGACAGACACUGUUUAAAAAUGUCUAAAGUAGCAGAAAGUUUAAUUACUUAUUCAGAUCAGUACAUUGACUAUGACCCUUUUUUAACUCCUGCUGAACCUUCCAAUCCCUGGAUAAAUGAUGACGCUAUAUUUUGGGACUUAGAAACAAGCAAGGAGCCUUCUCAGCACCGGGUCAAAAGAUGGGGCUUCUCUAUAGAUGAGGUGUUGAAAGAUCCUGUUGGGCGUGACCAGUUUCUUCGGUUUCUGGAAUCGGAAUUCAGUUCUGAAAACCUCAGGUUUUGGUUGGCUGUCCAAGACCUGAAAAAGCAACCAUUGCAAGAUGUAGCUACCAGAGUGGAAGAUAUCUGGCAAGAGUUCCUCGCUCCUGGGGCCCAGAGUGCCAUCAACUUGGACUCUCACAGCUAUGAGAUAACAAGCCAAAAUGUCAAAGACCCAGGGAGGUACACAUAUGAAGAUGCACAGGAGCACAUUUACAAGCUGAUGAAGAGCGACAGCUAUGCACGUUUCCUCCGUUCUAAUGCUUACCAAGACUUGUUGCUGGCAAAGAAGAAGGGGAAGUCGCUGGCAGGCAAGCGCCUCACAGGCUUGAUGCAAUCCUCUUGACAGCAUCGUCUCAGCAAGCGGUCGCUGGCAUCUCCGAAGGACAGCUGCACUCACUCAACCUCCUCCACGGCGGAAAUAUCAUUUGGGGGCAAAUGGGUCACUGUGUGUGUGCGCGCGCGUGUCUGUGUGUUUGUGUACGGCUGGGAGUGCAAACAAUAUGGGGAGAGAAAGAGACGGAAGGGAGCACUGGGAAGGAGAAGGAAACCACGAGGGAGAGUCUGGCCCACCCGGAGGUUCCUCUUUUCAUAGUUUACAUCAACACUUUUCUUACUUGUACAGCUUUGUAAUGGCACUGAGUUCUAUCAAGAGAAUUCUCUGUUUCUCGUUUGAUUUCAGAGGAGCACAACUUGCUGUAUGCAGGAUGCCAACUCAGGCAGAGAUUGGAGGGGGACUAUGGGUGUCAUUUAAUGUAGGGGCCCUAAGAGAAAUCUUGAUAAAGAUUUGGUUGAGAUCCAUAUUCGUAAUGUAGGCGCUUUCUCACACUCAUAUCUCCUCCUCCUCCUCCUCCUGCUGCUGCUGCAUGUGUACAGGCAAAAAUAUCCAUCUUCUGCAUAUCUUGAUAGCCCUUUAUUCUUCUUUGCCAUGGAUAAUGGCUAUUGCUGACUUGACAGUAACUUCUCAGAUUUGGAAUCCUUUCCGAAACCUGAAGAGGUGUUUUUUUUCUCCACCUGAGAGAAUAGUACACAGUACAGGUGUUGCCAUCCUUGAGUGGAAAUGCAGAUUAAAGUAGGCAAAGGGGAAUCGGAGCAAGAGGAAAGGGUGGUCCAAAAUACCUUUCCUCCCUAGCCACAGAAAGAGCUCUUGCUGAUCCUGCCACAUGUCCCCUUUCAUAGAACCGUUCAGGUACAGUAAAAUAAUAAUCGAAAUUUCCCUAAGGAUGGGAGGAAGAAAUCAGUUUUACCACAAUGAGAUAGAAGAUAUAUUAUCACCCACUUUUUAAAUAAUGGUUCUAAAAGUGCUUUUUAGCUUCUUCACUCACUGUCAGCAAUAUCCGUCCAAAAAUACAUUUUGGGUUCCUCAGCUGCAUAGAAAGGGGCAAAGCUACUGAUUGCCAGCUCAGGAUUUGGUCCAUAAAGCCAGACUCUAAGCUUCCUGUGAGGGGUCUGAUUUCAGUAGAGUUGCUUUGCAUUUUGCACAAGUGAAAAUGUUGGCCCUGCUUCUUGGGCGAUAUGAUCAAAAUGUUAUGCCAGGCCUGCACAGCUUGUGUAGCCCAAGCUUAUAGGGUGGCCUGCCAAGUGUUUGGCAGCCUGUCUGUUGUUGCUUUGCAGUUCCAGGAAGGCAGCAAACAUGGAUGGUUUUCUGAACCCCUCACUAUCUGUUGCACACGGCCAGUGGGCUGCAUUCAAGUUUGUUGUAUCACAAGUUGUGCUGGCCUGCUUUAUGCACACAUGCUGUAAAAAAACACACCAUCUUUGAAGAGGUGAUAUUGGAUUGGGAAAGAAGUCUUGUCUUUGUUGUGUGGUUGCACUUUCGGCAUACUUCUUCCCAUUUUGUCUGUCUCACGAUUUAGUCAAACAGAGUAAACCAAGCUGAUGGGAGAAUUUGAGACAUCUCCCUGCACUUGUAGGAAGAGAGAGAGCCUGUGGUCAUUUGUGCUAAAGCAAAUCCUAGUAGGGCUAUUUAUUCAUUCCUGGACAACUAAGUCGCAAACAAGUCUCUUUUGUAGAGAAAGGGGGAAAUCAGUCCAAAACACUUUGGCUUGGAGGUGAAUGGCUUUUUGCUCAGUGUAAUGGCAUUUGAACAUCUCUCACAAUGUGGCAAUAAGUGAGGAUGGCUUGAAACUGUGUGAUAACUCAGCUAGGUAUCGAAAUAAUAUGGCUGAUUUCUCAGAAUUGUUCUCAGUGCUCUGAGAAAUGGGAGCACAGGGGAACUAGCUUAAAAAAAGUAGUAAAAGGAGACAAAGUGCUACUUUAAGUGUGAACUAAAACAAGUUCAAUCUGAUUUGGACCUACUUAGCAUCAUAAUGAUUAUCUAAGGCAAUCUUCUCCAAUACUGGGUCCCUGUCUGUUGUUGGACUCCAACUCCCAUCAUCCCCAAGCAGUAUGGCAAAUGCUGAGACAUCUGGUCCAAGGAUGAGGAAGGAUAGUCUAAGUAGUGUUGAUAUUUUUGUGUAAUACAUAUUUCAUAAUACAUAUGUUCAUAAAAAUCUUUCCACUUUAAAUGCACAUGAAGCUAUUUUAUUGGCAGUAGGUGGAUAUAAAGUAUCAUGAAUUCUUAGCGUGGUGGGGAAAACAUUCCCGUCCACCUUCUAGUACAAAAAGGCAAUAUGGGUAAUUUUCUGUCAGACAUUGUGCUACUGGUUCUUAGAUGGACAAGUUAUCAUUAUGUAUGUUGAUCCAGCACAGCACAUUGCAGAAUAACAGUGCCCCAAGGAGCUUACAAUCUAAAUUUAUUGACAAGUGGGACAAUAAAGGGUAGAGAGGAAGAUGGAGUUGGGAGGAAACAAAGGAAGAACCACUUAGAACAAGAGGAGUCAACCUUUUUGGACCAGGAAAACAUUUCAAAUCCUGAGAGAAUGUUGUGGGUGCCAGUCACAAAAUGGCUGUUGUUAGGGCAUUGCAUAACUCAAAAUGGCUGCCAUGGGAGUGGCAAGAUGCACUUGCUGCCACUUACCCCCCACACCACCCCCAGGGCAACCUCAUGCUAGUCCUGAUUGUAGAGCUCAUACAACAUGGAUUUUUUUCACACUCCCAUUUCUCCUCCUCUCUUUACCAAAGUACAUCUCUCUCUCCCUUCCGCAUAGACCAGACAUAGGCAACCUUGG